CUAUAUGACGAGACCCCAACCCUCUCUUCUGGUUUGCUGCAGAGAUAUUUCAUGACUUGCACGAAGAAGUGAUGGCCACGGCUGCUAGAGGGCAUGGACUGAUGCUUCGUGUCCAGCAGCUAGAGGCAGAAUUUCCAUCAAUCGAGAAGACCUUCUUCACUCAGACAAAUAAUUCAAGUUUCCCUUGCAAUGAUGGCAUUGACUGGCAUGCUAAUAUUCAAAUGGAUCAGAAUCUAAUCACGCAAGGAGAUAUGCCUCGUUUUAUCGUGGAUUCUUAUGAAGAGUGUCGUGGUCCACCUCAUUUAUUUACACUGGACAAGUUUGAUGUUGCUGGCGCCGGUGCAUGUUUUAAAAAGAUAUUCUGAUCCCUCUUUCUUUAAGGUGGUGUUAGCCUCCUCUGGAAAUGCUGGAAAACAGA